CUCGUGCUUCUCUCCGGUACAAUGGCGGCGGUUGCAGCGCCGUCCUUCGUGUUUUGUCGGGUUUUUGUCCGCGGAGCCGCAGCGGGAGAGUUAAUGAAGCUGUAAGGUGGAAACAGCAGCAGUUGGUGAACUCUGGGAAGAAGAGAAACGGUUUGAGGCUCCGCUGGAACCGCUCAGUAACUGUUAAAGGAAAGUUUGGAGAGAGAAAAGCUAGCAGAGAUGUGGAGACAGCAGGUCCAACAGCGACUGGACGCAGCGGAGCAGCAGAGACACGAAAUCCUGGAAGCUGCUUUCAGCCCCGAACAUCGGCUGCACACAUCAGACGUUCGCUCCUCUGCUGCGGUCAGAGAAGAUUCCCCGGAGGAGCCCCGCUCCGACUGGGACCCAGAACCUGUCCGGGUCAAGGAGGAGCAGGAGGAGCUUUGGGACAGUGUGGACAUGAAUGAGGAGAUGGAGAGCACCAGAAGAAGAGUGAAGAGUGAGGAUGAAGAUGAGGAGGAGGAGCAGGAGAAACCUCCGGUCUUACUGGGCGCUCUCCCUAGCAUCAGCUCAGUGAACCAGAUGAAGUCAGAAAGCGAUGAAGAGGAUGGAGGAGGAGGAACAUCCAGAAGGAUCCCAGAUCCCAACACCCCUGGAGACACUUCCAGCUCUUCAGACACUGAGGUCAGCGAGGAAGAUGAGGGUGAUGAGGAGAACCAUUCUGACGUUCCACUCAAGCCCUUGUCAGACUCUGAGGCUGAAACCGAAGGGAGUGAAGACGACUGUGAGGAGAGCGGCUUUCGCAAGGCGAAGGGGAGAACUCACAGCAAACCUUGGAGCUGCGCCGAGUGUGGAAAGCGGUUCGCCUCCAAGCGCUCCCUUCAGAGUCACAUGGCAAGUCAUUCACAACAAAGAUCUGACGGGAAGGAGGGGAAAUGUUUUAGUUGUGAUAUCUGUGGGAAAAGUUUCAAGAGAAAAAGUCACUUAAACCUGCACACAAUAAUCCACACAGGGGAGAAACCGUUUGGCUGCGACAUCUGCAAACAAAGAUUUGGUCGAAAGUCUCACUUGAACAGACACAUGACCAUCCACUCUGGGGAGAAACCCUUCCAGUGUGAGAAAUGUGGCAGAAAGUUUGCUAGUAAAUGCCGCCUCAACUCACACCAGAGAGUUCACUCUGACGAGAAACCAUUUGGCUGCGACUUGUGCGAGCAAAGAUUCAAGGACAAGUCGGCAGCGAACCGACAUAUGAAAGCCCACUCUGGAGAGGAACCAAUCAGAGAAAAGCAGUUUGGCUGCAACCAGUGCACUAAAAGGUUCACCAGUAAAAGUUGCUUGAAUUCACACCUGCGAAUCCACAGUGGAGAGAAACUGUUUGUUUGUGAUCUCUGUGGGCAGAAAUUCUUCUACAAAGCGAAUCUGAAGGCACACAUUCGGAUUCACACAGGGGAGAAACCCUACAGCUGUGACGUGUGUGGACAAGACUUCAGAUCCAAGUCACACCUAAACACCCACCAGAGAAUCCACACCGGAGAGAAGCCGCUCAACUGCGACGUCUGUGGACAGCGAUUCAGCCGCAAGUCACAUUUAACCAGACACAUGAAGGUCCACACAGGAGAGAAACCCUUUGGCUGCGUUCAGUGCAGCAAGAGGUUCACCAACAAAACCGACCUGACCUUCCACCUGAGAAUCCACACAGGGGAGAAACCGUAUGCCUGUGAUUUCUGCGGGAAGAGAUUCAUGGUCAAAUCGGCUGCAAACAAACACAUGAGAGUGCAUUCGGGAGUGAAGCCAUUUGGCUGCCAUCUUUGUGGGCAAAGAUUCACAGCGAAGCCCAGUGUGAAGAAACACAUGAUCAUCCAUACAGGGGAGAAACCCUUCUGCUGCAACGUCUGCGGGUAUCGGUUCAACCUCAAGACCAGUUUAGACAGGCACGUUAGGAUCCACACCGGAGAAAAACCGUUUGGUUGUGACAUUUGUGGGCGGCACUUUAACCGCAAAUCCACCUUAAAUACACACAUGAAGAUCCACAGAGAAGAGAAAGUUGCCUAGAAAGGUAACUAUGGAGGAACUUUGAGUUCACAACUAACCCAGUCAAUACACCUUACAGGUUUGUUUUGAAAUUGAUGUGGUUUGUGAACAGGAAUGGUAUUUGAUUCAUGGAAUCUGUUUGUGGACUUUACGGUUACACCUUUAAUGAAAGAUGGCGGAUCAUUUUAGUUGUUUCUUAGGUUAUUGAGGUUUAUCUUGGAAAAUACAAACUGUUUCAGCUGUAAUGUUUGUGGGAGAGAUUGGAUCUGGAAGAAAAAAACAAAGCCAAUAAACACUGAUCCUAGAGACCAGCUCCAUCUGACCCAGACAGAUUUAAAGGAUGCAGUUUCUCCUUUUAACCACAAGGGUGGAUUGAACAGAACCAGAACCAGGAAACAGUCUGGCCACUGGGUGGAUUGCCUCUAAGCACAGGAUUGAGUCAGUCAGUCACCAAUUAGAGCAUUUCAGUCCUUUGAUCAAAAUAAGCUGGUUUGAUUGUCACUGUAACAUGUCAGAAGGUCUAGUCAAAGGCCAGCCUCUAAAGCACCAGCUGCAGUAUGUUGUUACUGCCACAAAGAGGCUGAAGCCUUGUGUUCCUUUUGUCUGUAAAUAUUAGCUGUUAUUAGAAGCUCUUUGUAGUUUUCUAUUUAUUUUAAUAACCAGGCGAUUCGGAAAGGACCAUCAGCUCCAAAUGAAAACCUUCCAGUUUUCAAAUAAUCAGAAGUUUGACUGAAAUCUGAGCUGAUUACUGAUAUUUAUGUGACUCCAACCAGAAUCAUGGCUGGUUUCUGAUCUUCUGUUGCCCUCCUGUCCUGGUUCUGAUCCGGUUCUGAACCAGCCUGGUGCUCCAGAGUUCAGCAGGAGGCCAUGUUUAGUCACGGUUAGCUCACACUCACCAUGCUGGAACUUCGUCCUUCUCCUGGUAACAGAACCUCAGCGCGGUACCGGUUCUGGACUCAAACUGGUACCGACUCAUUUUGGCUAUUUUCUGUCCAUGUUUUAUGUUGAAAACAUAAAAUAAUCCAAAUGUUUUUGUCAGAUGAAAGUGUGAUUAGUAUUUGUCAGCUUGAGGUCCGAAUGAAUCCGUUUGAACUCCGUGGCUGUUGGUGCUGAAUGACGCAGCAGGUUAGACUCCAGAGACAGGAAGGAAACGAUGAUGUGUGGAAGAGUUAACUUCCUGUCAACGCUCUGCUGCUGCAGCUGCUGCUGCUGCUGCUGCUGGCUUUCAGAACCGGACCAGCUCCAUUUCUUGUCAGGUCUGGGUCUGAGUGUGUCAGGCCUCAUCUUGUAUAAAAAUGAACGUAAUGUUUACGUAAACUUUUGACCAGUACCAGCUUGGUACCAGUACCAGCUUGGAACCAGUACCAGCUUGGAACCAGUACCAGCUUGGAACCAGUACCAGCUUGGAAC